AUUAUCAACAACAAUGGCGUCGAAUUCUGGUGAGUCGUACACUUAGGGAACAUUCCCUUUAUUUUAAGAUUGUUGACAGAAAUAUUUAAUUAUAAGACAUGAAAUAUGCCGUCUACAUCGAAGCAUUUACAUUAAAUGAAUUAAUUUCAUUCGUAUUUCAUGUUAUAUAAAGAUUCUUAAGUAAUCCCAAUAUAUUUUGAAAACAAAAGGCAAGAAGAGUACGAAAUGACUGACAAUUAAUAAUUGGGCCCUAAACCUAAACUGAACCCUAAAUCUAUCCCUAAACCUAACCUAAACCCUAAACGGUAAAUUCGGAGAGAUCAGCCCGUGGCCGCCAUGUUCGUUAUCGCGACCCACGAACUUAUGUCCUAACUGUAUCCCUAAACCUAACCUGAACCCUAAAUGUAUCCCUAAACCUAAUCUGAACCCUAAUUCAUGGCAACUUUAAUAAACACGCAAAAUCAAUCUGAAUUAGCCCCCUAAACUUAUCCCUAACCUGGGUUUUGACCCUAUCGGAACCAGGGACAAAACACUCAAAUGACGUCAGGAUGCUAUCUUCACAUUAGCCAAUAAUUGUUAUGAUUUUACUGGUUUCAAGUUAAAUAUAUAAUAUAGCCAUUAUUUUGGGGUCAUUUUUUAUGUUCAAUCUAUGAAUUGAAGUUGAAGUCAAAUCUUGUCAUUUUGGCUCAUACUCGUAAACUAGAAUUGGCUGGCACUUAUUGAUUUUAGGCCACAACCGGUAACUACUCGUUGACAACAAUUUAUGGGCUCCCAAUUUAUCAUUUAUGAAAACGAAUUAUUGAAUUGUAAUUAAACUUUAGUACUUAUUGCUAUUAAUUUCUUAGACUCUCAUAUUAAUUUUGCCUAAUUUUAAAUAUUGAGGCUUAUCUAUUAUCAAAGAUACCGUUUACUUGUUAAUUAUGCUUUUAUUAUUUUUUUUAUUAAUCUAAAUUAUUGAUGAGUAAAUUAAGAAUCAGGGCCGGCUCAAAGGGUUACAAUGUGUGAUCAUCACACAGGCACCAAGGCGGCAAAAUUAAGUUUUUAAAUUAAAUUGUUAAAAUCAACAAAAAUAAAUUUUAUGAACUCUUCCCAUAAUUUUCCAGAGGGCGACUAUUGCCUAUUUUCACCCAACAUAAAAAUGUCUAGCGCCGGCCCUGUUAAGAAUAGUCUUACUAAUAACUCUAUGACAUUUUUUAAAUAAAAAAUAUUUGUCUAAAUUGUAUGACAAUUUUGUGAAGAUGGGUGACGGGGGUGGUCCUAAAUGUGCCAAAUUAGCAUGAUUUCAUUUAUGUUUGGGCAACUAGGAAAUCUUAACUCUUUAUAAUCACUGCUUCUUUCUACAAACUAUACAUUUAAACUAAAUUAUUUGCCUAACUCUUCAAAUAGUCUUUGAGUCAUAGAGCCUACAUUUCAUCCUUAUAAUACUAACUUUAGGCUAUAUUGAUUCAGUUUAAUUCUACCCUUAACAAAAAAGGAUGGCCAUACUCAAGAACUGAUGGGUUCCAAAAAGUCUUAAAUAAACCACAUAUUUUGAAACCUAUAUCCUCUUUUGUUUUGAUAUAUUUAAAAGAUAUACCACAGGAAGGUUCUUCUGUGGAUCCUAAACUUGAAGAAAAGCAGGAAUCAGUUACAGAAAUAAAAGAAGAAAAUUGUACAGAAGCUUCAGCAUCUGCUCCGCUAUGUACAGAAGCACAGAUACAAUCUAUUUUAGCAGCAGCUGGCCAGGGAUUAGGUGAUGAUGAGGAUGAAGAAUCCAGCAGUAAGAAUAUUACUUUUACAGAUUUCACGUCUAUUAAAUUUUCAACCCAUCUUUAUUUUGAAGUAAUUUUAAUACAUUUUCACACUGAAAAAAAUUCUACAGUGUAUCAUAUAUUAACAAAAUGAGAUGCUUGUUGCUGUAACUCUCUUAAUGCUAAAGAUAGAGUUUCAGUGGGACACAGAAUAUUGAAAUAUUUUAUUAGAUCAUGUAAAAAAAAAUUAUUUUCCAUUAAUUCAAUUUUCAUAAAUAUUUAUAGAGGACAUGGAAAAGCACUAAAGCCUGAAUAAAAAAAAUUGAGAAUUUAGAGAAUAAUUACCUAAGGUUUUAUUUUUGGGAAGUGUUUUUUCUAAUUAUAUAUUUUGUGAAAGCAAGAGAUUGUUUUUGGUAUCUAAAAUGUUGAUAUAGUUUUAUAUCUUCUUUUUUUUUCUAGAACCCUCAGAUUUAGAGAAAGUAGACUUUAAUGUGAUAUUUAAAAAGGAAAAGUAUGAAGUUUCAUUUCCUCUUGACAACACAGUCACAAAAUUGAAAUCACAUAUAGAGAAACUCACAGGUUUGUUUGAUAAAAUAAACAUAUUACAUAUAUUACAUAUAAACAGUUACAAAUACUUUUUUUUUUUUUUAAAACUAUGCUUGUCAAAGAUUUGCAGAUAUCAUCAUAUAUAUUUUAACCCUUGUUACCUAAAAUUUUAUGAAUUUCUAUUUCUCUUAAGGGAUGGUAUUUCAUUAAAAUCAUGGAAGCUCAUCUCUUUCCAACUUAUUUUAAAAUAUACCGGUACUUACAUUUCAAAGUGUAAUCACUAAUGAAACUACAUUCAUUUGCCAUUAAAGUGACAUAAUGAAAUGAAUAGUGAUUACUUAGUGUUUUUCUUUUUUUUUUCAUCAGGUGUUCCUGCCACUUUACAGAAAAUUAUGUAUAAAGGUGAGUUUGGUUACAGGAUUAAAAUUAUCUGAAUCUUUUAUUUAAACUUUUUGACUGGAAAAAGAUUUUUCUUUCCUUGUAAGUAAUUUCUUGUGAUUGAAGUACCUGUCAAGAUCAUGAAAUCAUUUUAUUACUCAAGAUUCAAUCAAUUUUCCCUCCUCAACUAUAGCUGGCUGACCAUGUCCUUUACACUUGGCUAUCCAUAGCCGAGGAUGACCACUGAUGUAUUCAAACCAUCUACUUUUGUUUCAAAAAGCAGGCAACAUCACCAUUUUGUCAUGGGGGUGGCACAUUUUAUCCUUUUUGGUCUAAGUCUUUUUACUUCUCUCUCUCUCUCUAACAUACAUCCAGCUGUGCAUUACUUUAAUCUUCAUCAUAAUUCACUGCACUAUUUUAAUAUGUUCCAACAAUAAAUGUUAAACACAUUUUUAUUGAAGUCAUCAGCAUUUGGUAGCAAGUUCCCAAAGAGUCAAAGAGACAGUCUGAGAUAUAAAAUUCAUGUUCAAUUUAGUGUUUUUGUUCCACAAGUGAUUUAUUAAAUUGUUUUGCAGGCUUAGCAAGAGAUGAAAUGACAUUACGAGAGCUGAAAGUUGUUAAAGGUGCCAAACUUAUGGUGGUUGGCUCAACAUUAACAGAUGUUCUCUCUGUCAGUGCACCUACACCUAAAGAUCUGCAGGCUGAAGAAAAAGCAGCAGCUAAAGUAGCAAAGGAACCCUUAUCUGAGCAAAAGGUGAGAUUAGCAUUUUGAAUUUGAGAAGGGGAGAUUAUUUUUAACACUGCAUCCGCGUCCAUCUGAAUUUUGUAGAAAAAUAAUUAUUAGUGUACUUUUACCGGUAUCUUGUUUAGGAGAUACCAGUAAACUCUUCUAAUUGAUACAAAUUGUUCAUUUUUUUUGUAUGUCUAAUAAAAGUUUUAUUUAAGUUUGUCCACUUGUUUUAAUGCUGUAUCCAAAAUGAAAUUAAACUUCUUACGGACUUACAACCUUAAGAUGUUGUUUUGUAAUGUGGUUGCCAUGUUCUUAUGAGAAUGUUUUAUUAGUCCAGCUUGGGCUUAUUCUUUAAAUCUGGUGACUUGCCCAUUUGGUGAAAAUGCUGCACAUGCCAGGUGUAUGUAUACUAUCUUCAUUUUAACAUUUGUUGUGUUUAAACUAUUUAUUAUAGUAAAAGUUCAGUUUCUGUUAGGCAAAGAAGAAAACAUAAAUUUUACUAACGGACAGUAAUUUUCUUUUAAAGGAUAUUUUUGAUGAAGGAAAUGACAUAUCAUUAGAGUCUUAUACCAGUGCAGAGAAUAUUACUAAAGUCAUAAUCAUGAUGAGCAAAAUGACAUAAAAUUAAAGAUUGUAUCCUGUGAUUUAUUUGUAUUAGUUUUAUAAAAUUUUAUUUUGUGACAGCCUAUUAUAGCGUCUAGAUAAUACUAAGAGCCUAUGCUCCUUAUAUUACAAUGAAUAGCCUUUUAUGUUUUUCUUUGAUUAAAUUCAGUAAAGUAAUCAUAGUGUAAACCAGCAUUCCCCAAAUGUUGGUCCAAAUGACAUUAGUCAAGAAACUGGGGGAAAAGUAGUUUUUUUUAGGCUUAUUUAAACAAAACAACAACAACUUAAAAAUCAACAUUUGUCUAUAGCAUAAAUAUACCUCAUGUUGUACACCAUGUUGUAUGCAUCAGGAGGUGCCUGGAAGCUGAAGCCAUGUGCCAGAUAAAAAUUUUAAGCAAUGUAAAAACAUAUCAAUUAAAGGUCACCUAAAAAACAAAGCAAAACCAAUUUAAUAAAAAAUUUCUGGCAUCAUAAGCACAUGCCUAUACUGUCAACCCCAAGUAAUGUUUCUUUUGAAAAAAAUGGAGAGGCCAGAUAACACACUUAACAGUUGGACAGGGUGACUGAUUUUUUGUGAUCAAAGGGAAAAGCACUAGCAUGUCAUACUUUUUGACUCCUUUGAUAUCCCAAAAAUCUUGCAAGUUUGUUUCCCUUUUUUUUUUCAUGCAACACCCCUGCACCUUAAAGGAUACACACAUCCCGGUUUAUAGUCCACAUUCAAAUUGGCUGAAUACGGAUUUUACGAAAUUUUACCUUUUUUUUCCCGACUUUUUAGUGUGUUUUAACUCAUUUUUGAUGGAAAGUCUUUUAAAAUUUAAAAAAAAAUGCUCCUUUUAUCAUACUGUCUCAUUUGCAUCCUUCUAUUCUUCCCAACUUGCCUUUUAUUCUUAAAGUAUGUGCACAAUUGUCAAUGGUUGCAAUAGUUUCUGUGUGGAAUUUUUGGUUUAGGCACUGUCAGUGUGUGCAGUUGUAUCUAGUGAACAUUUAUAAUGUGUUUGGGUUUAUGUCUGGUCACCAUGAAUUGAAGGUGCUUCAUUGCAUGCAUUUAUCUGAUUGUUUUAAAUCUGAUCUGAAAAUUCAGACUUUUUAGCUGUUUUUAUCUUCUUCAGCAACACAAAAAGGUAUUAGAUAAAUAUGGCAAGCCUGAUGAUGUUCCAGUUGGAUUAAAAAACCAUUCAGAACGGCUGCCAUCAGUGCCUUUAUCUGGCAUGUACAACAAAGCAGGAGGGAAAGUAAGACUAACUUUCAAGAUGGAAGCAGACCAGCUGUGGUUAGGAACUAAAGGUUAUUCAUUGUUUAUGGCAGUUGUUUUAUUAACAACUUCUCAGUAUAUUUAUUGCAAAAGUUAUUAUGAAUUCCUGAUUAUUUUAAUCAAGAAAUAUAUUUUUAUUUAAACAACUUUUUAAAAUUUGUAUGUCACCUAGCUUAUUUUUGAAAACUGCGGAUUUAAAGAAAACUUCAUGCCAUUUGAAUUUAACUUUUGAAAAUUUUAACCAUAUUAAAUAUGUAUUCAGAAAGGUUAUUAUUAGAUUAGAUAGUUACAUUAAUUUAUCUAAUCUAAUAAUAACCUUACAAACAGUUACAUUAAUUUGUUUGCUGCUUGGAAUAUAAAAUUUGAACUUAGUUUCACAUUUUUGCUCAGAUUCCUGAUAGAUAGAGUUAAAUUUUUUAUUAUUUGUAUAAUCUGCCAAAAUUUUUUACUUCAUUUUAUUUUGCUUUUAUUUUAUGCUUAAAAACUUAUUUGUUAUUGUAUAGAAAGAACAGAUAAAAUUCCCAUGCAGUCAAUAAAAGCAGUUGUGUCCGAACCUAUUAAAGACCAUGAAGAAUACCAUAUAAUGGUGAGUAUUAUCAUUAUUUAGUUUAGAUAUAUUGCAAUGAAUGUUUAAGCUUUUAAUAAUACAGUUUAUGUAACUUUUUUUAAAGAUAGUUUGUUAUAAUUUAUUGUCGUAUAUUAUUAUUAUUAUUAUAUUUGUUUAACAAAGAAAAACCUCAUUGAAACAGGGAAAUAGAAUAUUAAUAUGUAUCCAUAUAUAAAGGGUGGUUUUAAUUCAUAAGCUUUUUGGUUGAACGACAUGAAGUUAAAAGGUAGAUAGGAAAAAAAAUUUCUGAUAUUAUGUUUGAAAAUAUUUUCAUCAAAAUAAGGUUAUGUUAAACAAAUAAUAAUACAGUAUGUACCAAAAGGAACAGUGCUAAAACUCCUGCAUUUUGAAGGCACCCGUUUGUCAAUGGUGCAUAAUUUUAGUCUCCAUGUGUUCCAAGAAGUGAUAAGGGUGAUAUGGGUCUCUCAACUGAGGAAAAAUUAAUCAUAGUUGAGUAGGAUUCAGACCAAACAGAUCAAUGACUGAUCAGAUUUUCACCCUCAAAUGUCUUUUAGAGAAAUGUUAAAACUAUAACAUCCCAGUACAUCAAAUCUAUGUGACCUAUGAUAAAAUGGCAUGUGACAGCAUCAAAACGAAAUAUCUAUAGGAGAUUCUGCAGGAGUAUGGCAUACCCAACAAACUGACAAGACUGAUACACAUGACAUCAAACACUCAAAAAGCAAAAUCAAGGUGAACAUUCAAGGGAAUUUCAGAUUUAGACCAGUGGUUCUCAACCUGUCUCAUGCCGCGACCCUUUAAUAUGGUUCCUCAUGUUGUGGCGACCCCCAACCAAAUUAUUUUUUUUAUUGUUUCUUUAUAAAAUAUGUGUUUUCCUAAGGUCUUAGGCGACUCCUGUGUAAACUGUGUAAGGGUCAUACGACCCCCAAAAGGGUCGGGACCCACAGGUUGAGAACCGCUGGAUUAGACCAAGCCUAAGACAAGGAGACUCACUGUCACCUAUUAAACACAUUCGAAAUAAAUGUUCUCUUGGAAAAUAUAUGGACCAACAAAGGAUGAAUGUAGAUGGAGAAUACGAACCAAUCAGGAAUUGUUUACGCUGUAUCAGGAUCCACGCUGGUAGCAGUAAUAAAUAAGGGCAGGCUACAUUGGGCGUGGCACUUAGAAAGAGGAGUGAAGAGGGUGCACCACAAAAACUCCAGAGGAAAAUGGCUCAAGGGCAGACCCAGGCUUAGAUGUAUAGACCAUGUGUAAUAAGAUAUACAGCAGGUGGGAAUCCAAGCAUGGAAAAGAAAAUCAUCAGUUAGGUCUGAGGGGAAGGAAGCAGUGAGGCACGUCAAAGCCUUAGAUUGGCUGUAGCGCCACAGAAAUUAAUAGAAUUUUUGCUCAUACGUAAUCAGAAAGCAUGAUCGUGUUCAAAAAAUAGAUUGAGAGAUUUAAUAAGAUGGCAUAAUAUGUGAGGGAGAGGGACUGCAUUGAACUUUUCAAGCUGUGAAGUAAAUAAAUAGUGGAACAAUAAAAUUUAGGCAAUAAAAGAAAAUGAGAGGACAAUGAAAAUGACAUCUGGCAUGCUGUGUAAUUUUUUUCUUACCUGUAUCUUUUGGGCUAAAAUGUUAUUUACAUUUCUCUUCCCUGUCUAUUUGGGGCUACUAAAUACUAAAAAUUAUUUAGAUUUUUUCUUACCUGUAUCUUCAUGGCUACCAACUUAUUUAGAGUUUAUUUUACCUGUCUCUUUAGGGCAUUCAGCUUGGUCCAACAGAGGCCUCACGGUACUGGGUGUACUGGGUCCCAGCUCAGUAUGUGGAGGCUAUCAAAGAAGCUAUACUUGGAAAGUGGCAGUUCUUCUGAUGUAUGCAUAAAACAUUUUGUCUGAAGCUAAAUCUUAUAUUUAUGUGAGUGUUUGAAACUCAGUGAGCUGACUGCCAGGAUUUGAUCAUGGGGUGAAUGUUGUGUCUCUCAGACAUUCUGUCCCUUUUUAAACAUUAUAUUUUUGCAAUGCUGUUUCCAUAUGAUAAAAAUGUGAAUGAAAAUAUUGGUGUGUCUUUUCCCCCCCUCAUAUUAAAGAAUUGCGGGGUACCGCUCUAUGUGUAUGUGUAGCUGAAUUUGAAUUUUGAUCUCAGCAACUGUCGACCACUAGUGUUGUCUUUUACAGAUGGUCUCACAUGCCAUGAUUGAUAGUAAAUGGUGCCCACAGUUAUUCAGUUUGAUAGAUAUUGAGUCCCUUCUAUUUCAAUAUAAUUAAAAGGUGCAGUUAUUGUUAGUGUUUGUAAAGAAGAACUGUGAGCACAUUUCUAUUGGUGUUUUUCUCUUAAAAGUCAAAAAAAAAAAAAAUAUAUAUAUAUAUAUAUAUUUAAAAAAGGGGAAAUCACAAAUCAAACUAAGAACGAACAACUUUCUUUUGAACUAAAGAAUAUACUUAAUAUUAUGGUCUCAAAAAAAUGUACAUGAGCUGUGACCAUUUUGUGGAUAGCGUCAGUUGUCAAAAUGCUGUACAUACAACUCACCGUUGAGCAUAAUGUUGUUGACUUUGCAGCCAGGUUUAAUAUGAUGGAUGUCUCUGGACCUAAUGAUCUCAACGUUGUCAUUGGUCUUCUUAUCCCUCAUGCUUUUCUUUUCAUUUGGUAAUAAUGAGUGAAUUUAUUAGAUGAGUCUCAAUUGUAUGAAUAGGUCAAACUGGUUUUAUUAUUUAUUGAGUUUUAAAAAAAAAUAGUGUCAUGUUAUUUUACUUUCAAGACCAUGUG